GCAGCAGGUCAAAGAGCAGCAGCAGCAGGAGGAGUAGGACCAGGACCAGGAUCAGAACCAGGACCAGGACCAAGACCAGGACCAGGACCAGGACCAGGACCAGGACCAGGACCAGCAGCAGCAGCCAGUCGGAUUCGUCUCUCUGGACUUGGACCUCAGUGUAGAAAAAGGCAUCAUGGGUAAAGGCUGCGUGACCGCCACCAAGUACUUCCUGUUCCUGUUCAACCUGCUCUUCUUUCUGUUCGGCGUCCUCAUCCUGGGCAUCGGACUCUGGUUCCUGCUGGACAACCAGAGCUUCGUCGUCGUCCUCAAUAACUCCCCCCCGGUGAAGGUGGCCUGUUACAUCCUGAUCGGGGUCGGAGCGUUCUCCAUGCUGCUGGGCUUAGUGGGCUGCAUAGGAGCAAUCUACGAGAUCCGCUGCCUGCUGGGCCUGUACUUCGCCUGCCUCCUGCUGAUCCUCGUCGCUCAGAUCGCCGCCGCUCUUCUCACCUACUUCCAGAAGGAGACGCUCCACCAGGAGAUGACCCGGAUCGUCACCAAGGUUCUGGAUAACUACCCCGGGAACAACUCCACCACGGAGCAGGCCUGGGACUUCAUCCAGAGAACCAUGGCGUGCUGCGGCUGGAACGACCGCGCGGACUGGAACGGGAACCCGGUGAUCGAGAACAGCUCCAAGCUGCUGUUCCCCUGCUCCUGCCAGAACGUCUCGCUGGCCGCCGGGAACGUCUCCGACAGCGGGUUCUGCGAGGCGCAGACGCCCGACUGGCCCGUCUACGACGAGGGCUGCGCCUCCAGCGUGGAGUCCUGGCUCCUCACCAACAUGGCCGUGGUUCUGGGGAUCUGCCUGGCGGUGGCGCUGAUCGAGCUGCUGGGGAUGAUCCUGUCCAUCUGCCUGUGCAGGAAGGUCCACAAAGAGGACUACACCAAAGUCCCCAAGUACUGAGGACCCGGGGGGCCCGGUGGGCGGGGACUGGGGGGACCGGGGGGGACCAGAGAAUACCGGUUCUCCCAAAAAAAGUGUCCAAAUGUAAACUAUUGUCCCUUCAUGUUGAGUUGUGUUUUAGUCGUCUUCCCGUCGGUCCAGUUUCCUCCGAGCACUUUAGAAACGCCUUUUAGAUUUGAAGCAUCAGUGAGGACAAGCUGGAGACAGGGACGGACCUGGAGACGAGCCGGGGACGGGGACGGACCUGGAGACGAGCCGGGGACGGGGACGGACCUGGACGACUGAGCUCCCUCCUCUGGAAACUGAGACUUUUUCUACGCCGUGUGUUUUUCAGUUGUUGUGAUACUUUGUAAAUAAUUAGAGUGAUUGAUUUUGAACGAUCAGAUGGUCUCCAUGACGAUAAAUGACUUUUAUUACAGGAAUUUUUUUUAAGAUAAUAGAAAUAAUGAGCGACUAAAGCGUCCAGCUCCGUCUUCUUUUAGGGACCUUUUCGUUUCCGAGCUGUAAACCGUCUAACUGUGUGAGCUGCCGCCGUUUUUAACCACUGUGGAAAGGCUUCCGGUGGGAUUGGAACCCUCCACUACUAACCGGAUCACGUCUGGAGUCGGGGGUUUGCUUUUCCUUUUGGUCAAUAAAGUGAUGAAGACUGUU